AUGCAUUAUUUUAUAACCGAAAAUAAAACUCGUCGUCUCUUCUUUUUCUUUGUUAAAAAGUCUUUUCCUCUCUCAUUUUCACUAAGCCUUUUGCUCUUUCGUUUUCUCAGUGUCUGUUUAUUCUUUACAUUUCUUUCACUUUCUUCUUCUCCUUCUUUUUCUUCUUCUUCUUCUUCUUCAUUCUCAUCGAAACUUGUCUGUUUAUCCUUUCUUCUUCUUCUUCUUCUUCUUCUUCUUCUUCUUCUUCUUCUUCUUCUUCUUCUUCUCACCCAUCAUUUAUUAAACCUCAUCGAAACGUCUGUUCUAUCUAUCUAUCUAUCUCACUCUUCUUCUCAUGCUCAAUUAAUAUCUAUUAUUAUGAUAUUUGAUCUAUCUAUCUAUCUAUCUAUCUAUCUAUCUAUCUAUCUAUCUAUCUAUCUAUGUUUACAGUCUCUCGCCCUUCCACUUCUUUCUGUCUCACUCUCACUCUGUUCAUGCCCAUCACCAUCUGCUAUUUUUGCAUCUCUCUCUAUCUAUUUUUUGAUACAUUUUUACAUAUUUUUUUUGAAUACCUGUUUUACUAGUGAUGAAAUAUCCGAUAUUCAAUUCACUUUCAUACCAACAGAUGUGACGUCUGUAGUAGAGAUUAUCAUUCAAUUGAAUGCUUAUCAAUAUGCGAUCCGUUGUUGCUUUUUUAUGCUAAUUUUCCCCAUUCGGCCGCUUGUCUUUUGUUGCCUUGCUGCGAUGACCGCUACAUUCGCCAGUGAAAGGAUUGAGUCCUUUGUCGCCCAUUUUAGUGCAAAAUGUUAA